ACCCGGGUGUCCGCCCAGGGGUCCCAGGAGGUCCCAGGGUUGCAGCGAGUCAGAGCGGGUCACGUGCGGCUGGGCCCACGGUGGGCAUAGCCCCCAGCGUUCUCAGAGCCCAGGGCGGGAUCACUGCGGGCCCAGUCUCGCCCCACCUGCCAGGCCUCGGAGGACACCCACAGAAUUUCAAAACUGUGGCUUUGUCUCCAUGAGCCUGGAGCCUGGUUCCCGCGGCGGCCUGUUCUCCGAGGAGGCAUCGUGCCCCGCCACCCGUGGAGAGCCUGGUGCCCAGGCGAGCUGCAUGCGGAGCCGGGGAUGGAUUUAGAGACCUCUCGCUUCCUGCCGGCCUGAGCAGAGGUGCCCAGAUUCCUUCCUGCCCGGAGCAGGGCCCACAGAACAGGCGCAGGGGAGGAGGCCGAGAGGCCAGGGUGCCCCUCCCCAGGAGGGGCUUCAGCAGGGAGCAGGGGACAGCGGCCUACAUGGCGGAGCCACGCGGAGCCGACGCGGGCCCCGGGGCCACCACCUCGCUGCCACCUGGGGCCCGUCGCUCGGGCCCCUCCCCAGCUCCCCGGUCUGUGGCCUGGCCUGCCGGUCUGGAUGCCGAGCUGAAGAAUCUGCUCAGGGCAUUCGCCCGCUCCUUCCCCGGAGUCCGAGGGCCCGGUUGUGUGGCUGCCAUGGGAACACUGACAGCUCUGAACGUAGGGGCUGCAGCCUGUGCUUCUGAGAGGAGCUACGAAGAGCUCUCGGACUGCACCAGGCACGUGGCGCAGAAGCUGGACUGCUUCUGGCCCAACGCGGCAGUGGACAGGUUCUUCCUCUCCGUCCACCGGCACUACUUCAGAGACUGCCCUGUCUCAGGCAGGGCCUUGCAGGACCCGCCCAGCAGUGUCCUCUGCCCCUUCAUCGUGGUGCCCAUCCUGGUGACCCUGCUCGUGACGGCACUGGUGGUCUGGAGGAGCAGGCGCCUGGAGGGCAUCGUGUAGGCUGGGGGCUCCCGCGCCCAGCAGGGGAGGGGGAGGGCUGUCGCUCAUGGAGGCUGCCGGGCAGGCCAGAGUGUGGGCGUGGGGGCCGAGCCUAGCCAAGGCUUCUGGGACUCCAGUGGCAGAGCAGACCCCCGGUCCCCUCUUCUUCUACCCGAGAAGAGCUCACAGCAGGACUCUGGCGUGGUCACAGCACAGGCAUUGACCUAGAAGCCACCCUAGGAAGGGCAGCCCAGGUGCUGGGAGGGAGCAGAGCGUAGCUGUCAGUGUUUCUGGGGAGGGUUCUGAGCUGUCUCCCAAGGUGUUUAUGAAUCACCCCCUGGCUCGAUCAUGGAUAAGUAGUUUGUGAUUAAAGGAUGUCCUUGAA